CGGACCAUCUGCCCGAGAGAUGUCAUCUUCCAAUAGGACUGGGUCCAGUGCCCUGGCCUUCGUCCUCACCGGGAUUCCUGGUCUGCUGAUGAGCAGCUACUGGAUGGCGUUGCCUCUCUGCUGCCUGUAUCUCCUCAUGCUCCUGGGGAACUGCACCUUAAUCUGGAUGAUAAAGACAGAGCACAGCCUCCAUACACCAAUGUACUAUUUCCUCUCCAUGCUGGCCGUGGCAGACCUGGGCUUGUCUCUCUCCACCCUGCCCACCAUGCUGGCCGUUUUCUGGUUUGAGUCCACCUCCCUCUGUUUUGAGGCGUGCGUCGUUCAGAUGUACUUCAUCCACUCCUUCUCUACCAUUGAGUCUGGGGUCCUGGUGGCCAUGGCCUUUGACCGCUUUGUUGCUAUUUGCUACCCUUUGCAAUACGCCUCUGUCCUGAUGAGUUCCCUGAUAAUGAAGGUGGCGGGGGCGAUCUUCAUGCGGGGCAUCUGUGUGGUACUACCUGUUGCCAUCCUUAUUAAGAAGAUGCCUUUCUGCGGGUCCCAUGUCCUGUCUCACUCCUUCUGUCUGCACCAGGACAUGCUGAGGCUGGUUUGUGGGGACAUCAGGGUCAGCAGCUUGUAUGGGCUCAUCGCAGUGAUACUCACCAAGGGCCUGGACUCCCUGACCAUCCUCCUGUCCUACGUGAUGAUCAUCAGAGCCAUCUUGAACAUCGCCUCCCACGAAGCACGAGCCAAAGCCUUUAGCACAUGCAUCUCCCACCUCUGUGCUGUCCUGAUCUUCUACAUCCCGCUCAUUGGCUUGUCCAUCAUCCACAGGUUUGGGAAGCACCUGCCCCCCCUCACUCACAUGGUCCUGGCUGACGCCUAUCUCCUGGUGCCUCCUGUCCUGAACCCACUCGUGUACAGCUGGAAAACCAAGCAGAUCCGCAGGCGGAUCCUCAUCCUGCUCUGUCGGAGAGGGUCCCAGCAGCAAGUUUAGUCCCAGAGCAGCAAUGACCCAAAGCCAGUCUCCUCCUUCCCUUCCUCUCCAGACUGGUUGUUCAUGGGCAACGUCUUCUCCCAGGGGAAGUUAGUCAUGACAGAAGAAACCUGUCACCUCUUCUGCGAUACAGCUCUUUCCCUCUCCGUGGAGGGACGGAUUAUGGCAAUUCACGUUAUUCCACCUCCCAUAUUUUGGGAUGCCCCAUUUCUCAGAAAGUCUGCGAGAGGGCAGGGCUGGUGUGGCGGUGCGAAGCCGCUGACCCCCCUGCAGGUGGGAGAGAGGGGACUGCUGAGAGCAGGCUUCCGUCAAGGGAUUCGCUGCUAACAGCGGUCUCUGAAGAAGUACAGUGUUGCCAGACUUGUGCUUUUAAUUACAAUAUCCCUGUAUUGGUGCGUUAUAUGAAGCUGUCGGUUCCCAGGGUUUUGUGAUCAGAUGAGACUCCUCAGCUUUCGUUAUACACAUAAUUUGAUUCUUUAUGGUUAUGGGGGAUAGACAGACACUAAUGGCCUAUGGGCUGUAACCUAAGGCUCAAAAUGAGAAAAUCGAGUCCAACCUCAUUGCAGGGUCUGCAAGGGGAGUGUGUUGUUUCUACUGUCUCAUGAUAUCACCUUCUCUGCCCGUAACUCUUUUGGGAACAUGUUGGAAAUCUCUCCCCACCUCCCAGGUUACGAUCCAAACGAGGGUAGGCAGGUCUGGUCUGGCAGCGCGGGUGCAACCCAGGCGCACCCCGCGAGAUGUGGUGCUGUGUGUGUAUUGCCACGGUUCCUCGGGGAUGCAUGUGAUGCCAAAGCGAUGGGAUUCGUGCCCCUUUCGGAGCAUCAGGCUGUCAUUAUGGAGCCUCCGCCCUGUCCCAAGGCAAUCUACCUCCUGAUUCACCACCCUUGUCAUUGUGUAAAAUAAUCCCCAUGCAAGCCAAAUCCCUGUGGCCUUGUCGUGUCUGCAGGGUCAUACCAAACCAUUUGCUCCUUUCUGCCCCCACGUCAGUGCCUUCAGUCUUCCUCAUGGGCUGCCCUCCUCCUCCUCCUCCUCUGGGCUAACUCAGGCCAGCUUUUGCCUCAUCCCAGCAGCCGAGUGGCCAGGAAGGAGGGAGCAGGGUGAAAAGGAGCCGUGACCUUGCAGGUGGGAGCGCAGCAGCCCCCAGCUCGUGUGUGUGCGGCAGUGCCGCGGCGAGCAGCGCUACCGCUGGGGAGGGGGGAAGGCAGAGGAAACCACCCGUUCCAGUGCAGGCACUUGGCAGGGUCGGUGUCCAGCCAUGCAAAGAGCUACAGGGUCAGGGAUCAGAACUGGAGCUUGGGAUGCCCUGGCCACGUUACCAGGUCCCAGUGAAGUGGGAGAUGCUGCGCACUGCAGGGAUGCGCUGGAGGGCUUUGGUAGUGAGAAAAAAAUUGGGUGUUUCCCUUUUGUUUUUUUAUUUGUUUCCCACCCACCCCCUGCAGCUCCAAAAGCUGCUUUAGUAAAUGUACCGAGAGCUUCUCCCAGCUGUUCUGGGUGCUGCUAUGGAGAAUCCAAAUGACAAGGAUCAGUGCUGUGAAAGGGAGUUAGAUCCUUUUUUCUUUUUGGCAAGCAGGAGAGAGUUAUGGGAAAAUUGUACCUGGGUUUUUCUUUUUCAUCAGGGGAAGGAAAUGCUCCGUCUCUUCCACAGUCUCUCAGUUACUGUCACUGGGAGGUGCCAAGUAGUAAAACCAGCGAGAACAUACGGGUGCUGCUGUGUAUGCUACAAAGCAUCAUGUCAGUCAGAUGCUGGGAAGAAACUGGUGUCUGCAGGAGGAAAAACAUACUCCAUGCAGAAACAAAGGUGGAUGCAAGGCAAAUGUGAGUGCUUAGAUGCAGGCUCUGGGCCUCAUGGCUGGGAAGCUGCCAGAAUUCUCUCCUGUAUUUUUCCAAGGGUCUGUAAAGCAGAUGUGCAUGUCCAUUUGUGCCUGCUGAAAAUGUCAAGCUGCUCUGAUCUGCCAACAAGAGGUCAGAAGCUGGGAACCUACCCACGGAGAGCUGAGUACUCAACAGUGUUACGCUGUGCAAUGACCACGGGUAUGUUUUUGGGCGAGCCCACAAAGAAGCAGUUUAUCUUGUGCUUGAAUGUUUUGCUAAAUCCAGUGUGUCAGGCUGGGCAAGCCAUGGGGAAGAGCAGACGUUGCUGUAAUCUGCGUGUGGACGGCAGAGAGCAGCUCCCUGAGGUACAGAGCAGUUCCCUUGGAGGCUAAUGCGGCUGAUGCGUGUCAGCUGCAGGCAAAUCUGGUGGCUGUUUUCACGGAAUCAUAGAAUCAUUUAGGUUGGAAAGGACCUUUAAGACCUUCAAGUCCAACGGUUACCCUAACACCGCCAAGCCCACCACUAAACCGUGCCCCAAGUCCCACGUCUACAUGUUUUGAACCCCCCCAGGGACGGUGACUCCCCCACCUCUCUGGGCAGCCUGUGCCAACCCCUGACCCCUC